AGCACGCAGGCAUCCACAAAAUGUUUAACUUAUGAUUUUAUUGUCAUCACAGUCAUAUUUUUUGUGAGAUCCGAAUUUUUAUGGCAAUUUAUUUAGGUUUACUUUGCGAUACUAAUUUAUGAAUUCUUUAGAAAAUUAAGAUGUUGUUAAUCAUAGUAUAAGUUCUUGAUAAUUGUUUACAUUCCUUCACUUCCAUUCCAGCAACAACGCGUGCAACGCGUGAAACCUGCGAAUCGACCGCGAAGGCUUAAAGGUCUCUCAGAAUAUACGACAAUGCUUGGAGGAAUUCUUCGGAGGCCUUUUGCCCCAAAGAAGUCCCGUCCACGUAAGUGGCCGGCAGUGUCUAUGAUAAAUCGUGACUUCGACCCACAAGAUGACGAAUAUGGAUUGGAUGUUGGGCCCAUUCCUCUCCGACUCGGCUCCAUCAGCGCAACCUUUAUCCACGGCCGCUGGGUCUCAGAGGAUGGCGCCGGCACGGCGGAGGCAGGGGCGGCUGGCGGAGCCGAACUGGCGGAGGAAAACCAGGUCCUUCGCGAGGAAAACAACAUGCUCAAACUGAAGGUGGAGGUGCUCCUGGACAUGCUGGCCGACGCCGGUGCCGACGCGCCGCGCGCCGCGCCCGACUCGGACGAUCAGUGGGAGCCGCCGCAGCUGCCACGCGCCUGUCGCCAGCCGCGCCGAAACUGCGGCGGGUACGACUGAGGCGCGCUGACAGGGCCGUCAGGGACGUACCAAGGGGUGUCUGCCGCCGCAGAUGUAAGGGAAACUAAUCGAACGAGGCGACUGGGAGCGUCCGCACGACUUGCACACCGUCAACAGGGUCAUGGGGAAGGGAAAAUGCCCAGUUUAUAGGUAUGGAAGCAAUGCUUUUGGUGAAUGUUGGAGUAUUCUUUCUAGUCAUCGAGCUAAGUCUUCUUCUAGUCAUUUUCAGAACACCCCAAAGUCAUGCUCUUCCAAGUGAUUCCCGAUAUUGAUAGAAUCGUAGUACCGUUUAUAAUAAAAUCGUGCUAAAAAAUAAUUUGGGUCUCAUGAUUUUCCCAUCUACCCAGCCUUAUUCUUCAAUUGAAAAAGCAUCCCGGUGGUGGAUAACGGUAUCGGCUGUGAAGGGCUGUUGACACGAAAAUGCAGUAGAGUGGUAAGUAGCAAUAAUUAAUAAGUACUUAAUAUCUAUAGCUAUCUGCAUGACGCAGUCUUUUAUCAUUAUCAUCAUAGAUAACAUGAACUACCUGAACUACCUGUCCUGAACUGUACUAUGAGCUGGUAGUUCAUGCUAUCUAUGGUACCUAUCAUCGUUCCAAGAGUCGUAGCCCCGCACAUAGUCACCGACUCAACACACUGGCGGAACGGUUACUAUUCAUAUAUUGCAGCGACCUCCGCUGCUAACAUACUGGCGGAACGGUUCCUAUUUUUAUUGCAGCGACCUCCGCUGCUGCCGAAGAGACGAUGCUGGCUGUAUGCAUCACUACAAAUUAUACAUGGACGAGAGAUAAACCCCAGCGCCAAGCUGCUAUUGGAGCCCAUACACACUACACAACAAUGCAAUAAUAUCGCAACAUAUGACACCAUACUGCAGUGUAUUUUGGCUUCUUAUAGGUAUCUUAGUACCUUGUACACAGAACAAAAUACAAGAUAAACCGCAGAUGUUUAUUGUCGAUGCUCUAUAGCAUGUCACUCACAUUCAUCUAGGUGGCAGUCUGCGUCUGAGUAGGCAGAUUUCACAUUCAAUUACGGUCCGAAGUUGGCUAAGUAUGGAGAUCCGAUAGACCCUACUGAUUUGCGAUACGACAUCGUGCAGUCGCCGACGAAAGGGUCGUUAUUAUGGAAACAGGGAACUCCAAAGGUCUACAUAAACACAGACCAAUCGUACAGCGCCACAACAUUGAGUGUGGAUAUCAAGGGGAACUAUUUACUGCGGUGUGUUCCAUGACUCAUCUAGUUCACUAUAAAGCUAAGUGGAAAGGAGGAUAAGGAGUAUAUGACGAACAGCGACUCCUUGUAUUUGCAAAAACGUAUUUAGUAUAAACGCCUAUUGAGGAUUGUAGAAAGAACAUUCGUGCGUAAUGAAACAAAGGGCAGUAUAAAAAUAUCCCUAGUUUUAAUACCUGUAACAGGUAGAUAUUGCAAAAAUAGGUUUCAAAGUUUCAGGCACUUUGAUACCAUUUGUAUUAAAAAGCUUCAAAAAGGGCAGGCGCCGACUCAGUUCAGCUGAUUACUGUACGGUGCUGCCGAUAGAUAGCAUUCAAGGAUACCAUGCAUCUAACUAAUCUACAUUUGCGGAUUAGACAAUCAUAGACCUCUGUAUAGGUACCAAGUGUGCAUAGGUCUAUGGUCAUACCAAGUGAACAGUAUCAGUCUGGAAUGUCCUUCGAGACAGCAGCCCUACAAAGCGACUAACGUUACCAGUAGAUAAUUUGUCUCACUAAGCACAGUGACUAGUGAUACUCUGUAGCAAACGUUUAUGCACAUUAACUACAGCAACUCCUAUAGCAACGUCACUCGGAGGCUAAGAGAUCAAGAGGAGCCAUAUAUACUUAGCUGCGUACGUCUCACAACGGUACCCGCCCAACCACCAAAGCCCCGACGUCGGUAACAGUCUCUCUGGUCGCCCAAAAAGGCUCCACCAUAUCCCUUCUGCCGUCCUCUCCCCCACACAAAGCAGCUGUGCUAGCAGUGACUGAAGACGCUGAACACCACACGAAGCCGAGUGUUUCACGGCGCACUAAUAAGCCUUAUCCGCAGAGGAGGCGGGUACGCCACGCUGUCAUCUGCCAACUGCUGUCAUCUGCCAGAUGGCGGCGGCGAGAUUCUCGGUCACGCCCGCUGCUCCGCUGUGGGAACGGCCCCGGCGCCCGGGCCAUUUCUCGACACAGGGAGGACAGGCGCUGCCGGCGAAAACGACGGGUGCUGCGGCGAAAACAGCGCACACGAGCGCAACUGCCGGCACUGGACCCGGUCUGGACUUGGUGCAGAUCGGAGUCUGGAUUCGGCACUGGACUCGGACUCGGUCUGGAUUUGGUGGAGACCGGGGCCUUGACUCAGUCUGAACUCCGGGACUCAGUCUGGACUCUGGACCGGGGCCUGGAUUCUGCUGGGAUCUGGAACUGUUAUCGGCCUAUGGCCAGCGUCCGAGCUCGGUCUUGGUCAAGGAUGUAGGUGGAAUUGGUUCGGUACGAGAUACGGAUUGGGAUCGGUCCAAGAUGCUCCUCAGCGCACAGUGUCCUGUAUGAAU